AUUCAGCAACAUGCAGCCUACCCCUCCAAACAUCACUGUUCCCACCCCCUCAUCACAGUGGGAUGCACAGUGGAUAUCUAUUGGGAUGAAACGGCUGAACUACGCUUCUUUUAAGUCGUAGAAACUUUUACUGGCUCCUGUUUGUGCGCAUUCAAGCUAUGGGUUUCCUAGAACUUAUUUGUCUACUGCUUUGUGCGGCUUUCUACCCGGCAAGCAGCGAUUUGCACAAAUGGACCAAGCAGAACCUUCCAAUGCUAAUGGAUCAACACACCGAACUUCAAACAAAAACUUUGUUCAGAACCCCACAGCAGGAUGCAGAUGGAAAGGCUGUGGAGACACUAUGCGGGAUAGAAUGUCAAAGACGCCUACCGCACUUAACUCCGAAAGAACAAGAGAGAAUUCUAGGCUACGAAACCAUGUAUGAGAAUGGCACGUGUACACGCACUGAUGUCAUACUGCAGGGUUUCAACCCAAUGAGACCACCUGAGAACGUUCCAGCUCGCCGGAAGCGGCAGGUUUACGGACCCGAUGGACGUUUUGUCAUUGUAGACUCACAGUUCAUCACCAACUACCCCUUCUCCACCUCUGUGCGCCUGUCCACCGGCUGUUCAGGGGUCCUAGUCUCCCCAAAGCAUGUGCUGACGGCGGCUCACUGCAUCCAUGAUGGCAGCUUUUACCUGGAUGGUGCUCAACAGCUAAAAGUAGGAGUGCUACAACUCAGAAAUAAAAGUGGGGGUAGGAGAAGAAGGAGGCGACCGAGGACUGCUAUGAAAGUAAACAGGAAAAAAAUGGACAAUGAAGAAAAUCAGCAUAGCAUUGAUGGAGAUUUAGUCAGAGGGCAACGAGGCGGCAUGGUAAACGGGGGGCAAAGAAGGACAAGAGUCAGUCGCCUAAAAAGGAAGCCUGUCUUUCGCUGGACACGAAUCAAGCAAACGCACAUCCCUCAAGGUUGGAUGCGCUCCGAGAACUCCACUGCCUCCUUGGCUGCCGACUACAACUACGCUCUCCUGGAGCUCAGACGACCUGUCAAACAGAAGUACAUGGAGAUCGGUGUGGCGCCCCCAACCCUUCUCCCAACCCGGAUCCACUUUUCAGGCUACGACGAUGACAAAAAUCUGCUGGCCAGUCUUGGGGGUGAGAAGGUGGUCUACCGCUUUUGCUCGGUGGCCAAGGAGUCAGACGAUUUGAUGUACCAGCAUUGUGACGCUCGGCAGGGUGCUACGGGAGCCGGUGUUUACAUUCGCUUGAGACAAGACGGUGGAAAAGGGAAGUGGCAGCGGAAGGUGAUUGGGGUGUUCUCUGGUCAUCAGUGGGUGAAGGUGGAUGACGGCGAGCAAAGGGACUUUAAUGUGGCAGUGAGGAUAACUCCUAUAAAAUACGCCCAGAUCUGCCACUGGAUCCAUGGAGACCUGAGUCACUGCAAGGCCGUUUGAAUGACAGUUUUAAAGGACUUCUUGUAAAACCAAUUUUGUCCAUUUAUUCCACACAAAUUAAAGAUUACAGGGUGCUUUUAA